AUGCGAAGACAGGCAACCAUAGUGGUGAUGGACAGCUGUGAAGAUGAACCAUUACGGUUAUUUGCGGAUAAUGGCGAACUUGGUCCAUAUAGUGCAAACUUGCCCGAUGACCCUGAGCAGUAUGAAUUGGAUGAUCAUGUGGGAGAGAUGUCGCAAGCAUUUAUUCGUCAUUCACGAAAAGAGAAGUUGUAUCGAGAAAGAAUGUCGCAAUGCAGUGCUACAAUGGAUCAGCAGGAUUGGAGCAGUAGGCGCGAUCUUCUCGAUGUACCCGAUACAACGAUUGAUAUUUCAUCUACCAGUGAAGAACCAACAAGAGAUAUCACCGAUGAGGAUGAAUAUGAUCAUCGGAACGGUAUCAGAAAGUAUGCGAAACUUAUUUUACCGCACGUUGGUUUAGUAUUAUUAACGUGUGCUUAUACAGUUGUUGGCGCAUCAAUAUUUUAUAGUGUCGAGCAACCGCAUGAAUUAACCAACAAAAGACGACAGUUGGAUAUGAUAUACGAACGGCAGGAAGAAUUUGUGAAUUCAUUGUUCACCUUGGCAAUGCUCAAUGAAACUCGACGUGAAGUCUGGUCACAAGUGACCAGGCAACAUAUGCAUAACAUGAGCGAUCAUCUUUUUACCGCUUUUGAGAAAUUCUUCCUGACAGCUGCCGAAGUUCGUGCUAAUGACACGAUCGAGAUAUGGUCUUUCUCUACUGCUAUCUUUUUUGCCGUUACUGUUGUUACUACUAUUGGAUAUGGUAAUCCAGUACCGGUAACACAAUUGGGUCGCAUGAUGUGCAUUAUAUUUUCAUUAUUUGGCAUACCUUUGACAUUAGUGACCAUAGCAGACAUUGGUAAAUUUUUAAGUGAGCAUUUAGUAUGGAUGUAUGGUAACUACCUCAAAUUGAAGCAUUUUUUGUGGGAAAGACACCAUUGGUACAAAGGUCACGAGGAAAGAGUAUGUGAGCAAUGUCAAAGGCAGGGCAUAAAUUCCAACAUGCAUUUUAUUGAAGAACAAAGGAUACCAGCUAUGUUAGUAUUGGUAAUACUUGUUGCAUAUACAUCACUAGGAGGUGUACUGAUGUCUAAUUUAGAACCAUGGAGUUUUUUCACUGCAUUUUAUUGGUCAUUUAUUACAAUGACUACCGUUGGUUUUGGUGAUUUAAUGCCCCGACGAGAUGGCUAUAUGUACCUCAUUUUACUUUACAUUAUUUUAGGUUUGGCAAUCACAACAAUGUGUAUUGAUUUGGUCGGUGUGCAAUAUAUUCGUAAAAUUCAUUAUUUCGGCAGGAAAAUACAGGACGCUCGUUCCGCAUUAGCUCUCGUUGGGGGAAAGGUGGUGCUUGUAUCGGAGUUAUAUGCAAAUUUGAUGCAAAAAAGAGCAAAAAAUUACGAUCGAGAUGCAUUUAUAAUCAAUAAUUUUCAUAUCUCGAAACAUGUUAUUCCAUUUAUUCCUGCGGAUAUUCGAUGGAUACGGUAUAUAGACCAGAAUGCAGAAUCAUUAUCAUCGUCAUCUUCAACUCUCGAUUUGCAUUCCUGUCGCUUUUGCCAUUCUCGAUUUAGCAUAUCACGUUACCAUCCAUGA